GUAGUCUGAAUCACAGCUGAUUUAACAUUUGGCACCGACAAUAAGCGACCGAGGGCUGAAAGCAAGGGAUGACUUUCUCGACGAGGCACACCGUUUAGGAUUCACACCGGGCUUCCCCCUGAGUUAUUUAUCCGCUGCGCUCACGCAGAGGCCGCCCGGCUUCCCCCGGGAGAGGCGGCGGGCAUGGCCGGGGAGCCGUGAGCCUCCAAGUGUCACUCCCCCACAGAGGCUCUCCCGCCACCGCGCCGAGCCGUGCCUGCCUCUUCCACUUCCUGCUGCAGAGCCAGUUCUGCCGCUUACCUGGGAGAGGCAGGGAGGCUGUCGUAAAAGGAGGGAAAGCCGCCCGGCCGGCUGAGGAAGGAGCCCCGGGCGCGGCGGGGAGCGCGGGAGGCGCGCAGCCCUCUCGCUCUCCUGGGGCAGCCCAGCGCGAACCUCCCUCGCCCACAAGGAAUGGCCAUGGCCAGCAGCAGCUGGAUGUGAGCAGGAGAUCUGGAUGGCACCCCCUGUCUCCCUGGCAGAAGCAGAGGAAGAAGCUCUCUGGGUGUGGGAAGCCUCACAAGGAAGCUGGAAGCUGAAAAGAAUCACUGAGCACCCACCCACAAAGUUUGCUGAAAAAUCCUGGCCUUGCAGUAAGGCAGCUGACUCACUUCCGGUUCAACAAAAAACUUUGGAAAUGGCCUCUGCGUCAGGCACUUUUGUGGGUCGAAGCAUACCAGUCGAAGUGGAUGAAUCCGUGCCAUGGUCCCAGUUACCUGAACAUAUCUUGGAAAAGGCUUUGCAGCCUUCUGGAGAGGAUAUGGAGGAUGAGGAGGUCCAGAGCUCACGUGUUGCUCAAAGACCUCAGGCCAAUCCAUCUUGCCUUUGCAGAGCACCAGCACAUCAUCAUUCAGUGCUGUCCAUGAAGCCAUACAGCAGCUUGUGGUCAAAAUAUACUGAUCCUGAUGGAGGUGGACACUCCUGUUCCCCUGGUGAAUCAAUAUCAGGAGUAUUUCCCUCGAAGACACAUUCUAUAGCUAUGGACAAGCCAGGCAUGCAGUCAAGAGCACUGCUUUCAGGUGACACCAGGCACAAGUCCAGUAAAUCAGAGCAGAUCUUGUCUGAUGUUCCUGAGGACUCACUGGAGGAGAGCAGCCAAGGGAGUUCACAGUCACAGCAACCCUCAGGAAACAGACUCCUGGCAGAGCUGGGGACUGUAGAUACCGGGUACAACUCCCAGUCACAAGAUGUCAUGGGCAUCAGGCAUCUGGAGCCCCCCUUACCACUGGUGUCUGUGCUGAACCCCCAGGACCUCCCAGGACCACUGAUCUCCAGAGAGUUUUUGGGCCCUGAGCAUCAGCAGUGCCCUGUGUGCCAUCAUUUGCCCCAUCCCAACACGCCCUCACAAGCCCACGGCUGCUUCAGGCACCGCUGCCCAGCACAGCAGCUCCCCCCAGGCCCAUAUGGCAGAGUUCCUUACCAACAUUUUGCUGAGCCAUCGCAACCACUUCCUCCUGUUCCUGGACCUUGCAUGAGAGUUAUCCGCCCAGCCCAGCAAGUCAUCCCAAAUUACUCAAACCUCUGUGCUCCCAAAGGCACUGGAGAUCGACCACCCCAGAGGACAUGCUCCUCCCCUGGUCCUCCUCGAUUCCCAAACCAACUAUACAACCAGCUACCUAAUGGUCAGCUGCCCCCCAAGGCAUGUGGCCUGGAUGAAGCAUGUGGUUGUCCUUCUGACAAUUUUCCAUCUCCAGCUGCGGUCCCAAGACCUCUCAGUAACCCUGCAGCCAGGGGAACUCUGAGAACCAGCAAUCUGCCGGAGGAGUUGCGCAAGGUCUUUAUAACCUACUCAGUGGAUACAGCAGUGGAGGUUAUGAAAUUUGUGAACUUCCUGUCUGUAAACGGAUUUCAAACUGCUAUUGAUAUCUUUGAGGACACGGUGCGAGGUAUUGACAUCAUUAAGUGGAUGGAGCGCUACCUAGGUGAUAAGACGGUGAUGAUAAUCAUAGCAAUCAGUCCAAAAUACAAACAGGAUGUGGAAGGGGCUGAAUCCCAGCUGGACAGGGAUGAACAUGGCUUACAUACUAAAUACAUCCACAGGAUGAUGCAGAUUGAGUUUAUACAGCAAGGAAGUAUGAACUUCAGAUUCAUCCCUGUGCUUUUCCCAAAUGCCAAAAAGGAGCACGUGCCUACCUGGCUGCAGAACACUCACAUUUAUAGCUGGCCAAAGAACAAGAAGAACAUCCUUUUGCGGUUGCUGCGGGAGGAGGAAUACGUUGCUCCUCCAAUAGGACCUUUACCCACACUCCAGGUUGUGCCGCUAUGAACAUUAUAACUUAAAGCACAUGACGAGUGGUUGUUAAAGGGUUGUUCCUGGCAGGGAGCCAACACUCUUCCAGAUGGCUCUUUUUGAUGACAGAAGACACUCUUUCUGCUAAAGGAAUUGGUUGUCUUGGGUUACUCAGGCUCAGCUUGUUCUCUACCAUGUUAAACAUUUAUUUCCAAAGCUGAUGGGGCAGAACUCUCUUCUCCAGAUUUUUUAAUAAGCUACAAAUGGAAAGAAUGCCCACUUUUAUUUUAACAUCUGGUUUGUUUUAUUAGUCAUUAUAGCAAACAAAUACCAGAAAUAAUGUUGCAAUAAGUGUAAAAUAAAAAUUACAUCCUCCUUUUCGCUCAGGGUUUCUUUAAAGAUAUUCCUGCAUUGUAUAGCAUUACUGGACUAUCAAUUUGUAUAUAGACUAUGAAAUAUAUUUGCUUUUUGUAAGGCAAUCGUA